AUGGAACAGAACGCGGAAGUUAGUAAUCAUAGAGACAGUGAUUACAGUGAUGUCCAAGAAUGUAAGAAUAAAGCUGUCCCAACAGAAGACACGGAAAAGUGCACAUCUCCGAAGACAAAUGUGCGAAUCAACAAAAAUCCAGUAAACAUAGCAAACCAUUCACAACAUGCCAGAACUAAACAACAAGAUGUUUACUAUAGCGAUGAAGAUAUGUGCACAGAUUCAGUGGGUAGCUCAGAUGUAUACUUGAAGGUGAAGUCUCCUAAGAAGCAAAGAGUUACUGGAAGAUUUGCAUGUAAUAAUGUUAGUCCGUUUUCUGAAGAAAAACGUGUCAACAAAUGCCUCAUAGAUGUACCCGAUUACAACCUUGUGGGAGUUGAUGGAGGUUACCAAGACGCGUUUUGAAUGAAGUGGAGGACAAAACACGCUAUUCAACAACUGGUGGUUUGGAAUGGAUGCUACAGUGGUAAAACUAUAUAUAUAUAUAUAUGUACUAUAUAUAUACUAUAUACUAUAUAUAUAUAGUAUUUGUGAAGUGUUUUUUUAUGUACUAUAAGUCUCAAAACAUAUUCCGAAAAUGUCUGUGAUAUAUUUCUUUUUGUGUUCAAAUAGUAUCCUAAUCGUAUGUACAAUAAGUAGUUAUUAUGCAGUUGAACAUACAUAGUUAAAAACUCC